AUCAGUUACAACUCCCAAUGAGAAACACCCAGAGAGUGGAGAGGGUGACUGAGAGUGGGAAGUAGUCUGGAGCUCAAGAGAAGAGAGAAAGAGGAGACAAAAGGGAAAAAAGCUGUUCAACUCCAAGACCAAUACACAGAGAGAAGCCAGUCAAGGACUUUAUCAGAGUGGAACCAAACAGAGGCUGAGACAGACGCACAGCACCUGGAGAAGGUUCACCCCGACUGAAAGUGACAGAGGUCCACUAUUACAACAACCACAAGCCUGGACAGCCAGUCCUGCUCUGAGCUGCUCUUGUUUUUCUCUGGGUGGAAAUUCCUCUGAGACGUCACUGCUAGCUAAGCUCAGCUGAACAACCACAGCAGAAGAGGACUCUGGUGUUGUUGUGGUUGUUGGACAAAAUAGUGUGUGUGGAGCUAGAGAGAGGAACAUGUUUGACUGUAUGGAGGCUCUAGGGAUGGCCCCUCGGCCACUCUUCGACGUGUCCACUCAGGGGGCUUGUAUGCUGGGCAAGGCCACCCCCUUCUUCCCUGGUCUGGACCCCUUUGCCUGGGCUGGGACAGCCAGUGUUCAGUCAGUAGAGACCCAGAGCACCAGCUCUGAGGAGAUGGUGCCCAGUUCACCCUCUCCGCCCCCUCCUCCUCGCAUCUACAAGCCUUGCUUCGUGUGCCAGGACAAGUCCUCUGGAUACCACUAUGGGGUCAGCUCAUGUGAGGGCUGCAAGGGAUUCUUCCGGCGCAGUAUUCAGAAGAACAUGGUGUAUACCUGCCACCGAGACAAGAACUGUCAGAUCAACAAGGUGACCCGUAACCGUUGUCAGUACUGCCGGCUGCAGAAGUGCUUUGAGGUCGGCAUGUCCAAAGAAGCGGUGCGUAAUGACAGGAACAAGAAGAAGAAGGAUGUGAAGGAGGAGGUGGUGUUGCCGGAGAGCUAUGAGCUCAGUGGAGAACUGGAGGAGCUGGUCAACAAAGUCAGCAAGGCCCACAAAGACACCUUCCCCUCACUCGUCCAGCUGGGCAAAUACACUACAAACUCCAGUGCAGACCACCGUGUACAGUUGGAUCUGGGGCUGUGGGAUAAGUUCAGUGAACUUUCCACCAAGUGCAUCAUCAAAAUAGUGGAGUUUGCCAAGCGCCUGCCAGGCUUCACCACCCUCACCAUCGCUGACCAGAUCACACUCCUCAAAUCAGCCUGUCUGGACAUACUGAUGCUGAGGAUCUGCACUCGCUACACUCCGGAGCAGGACACAAUGACCUUCUCAGACGGGCUGACUCUGAACCGGACCCAGAUGCACAACGCAGGCUUCGGCCCGCUCACAGAACUGGUGUUUGCCUUUGCUGGCCAGCUGUUGCCUCUGGAGAUGGACGACACAGAGACUGGCCUCCUCAGCGCCAUCUGCCUCAUCUGUGGAGACCGUAUGGACUUGGAGGAGCCCCAGAAGGUAGACAAGCUGCAGGAGCCCCUCCUGGAGGCCCUAAAGAUCUACGCCCGCCGCAGACGCCCCAACAAGCCCCAUUUGUUCCCCCGUAUGCUGAUGAAGGUCACUGACCUCAGGGGCAUCAGCACCAAGGGUGCAGAGAGGGCCAUCACUCUGAAGAUGGAGAUCCCAGGCCCCAUGCCUCCUCUGAUCAGGGAGAUGCUGGAGAACCCUGAAGCCUUUGAGGACAGCAGCGACUCUGGGGACAGCGCCUCUGCCGCCGCCCCCCCCGCCAUCCAGGCCAUCAAGAAAGAGAGAGAGGAGGAGAAGAGCCUGGAGGAGGAAGAUGAAGAGGAUGAAUGGGGGGAUGAGGAUAGGGAGAGAGGGGCGGACAGCGAUGGGGAGCCUUGGGGGGAGGCUGCAGUGGCAGCAGGGGGGUCCCAGAAAGGGGCGACUGGGAGAGCCCAGUGAGAGACAUAGUGAUGCACUCUGACCCAUACACAUCACCUCCUGCUCCACCACCCUCAGACAGACCAACACUCCCUGUCCUAGCACACCAAGUCAUCUCCCUACAUGAGCAGCCCAUCCUGUAACAAGGGUCUUUGCCAAGACAUAGCAUUCACCUCUGUUGUUACACUACCCCCCCCCCCCCC